GAGCUGCACUCACGUCCAGGCUCCUGCAUCUGUGGCCACGUAUUGAAUUUUACAUGACUUCACCUUCUCUGAGGGAGAAAUGAGGACACGAAAUGGGACUGGUGAUUGCAGCACAAAUCCUGCUGGUUUUAAUUGACAAACCAAAAGAUCCUCAGAUCCUAAUCCUCUGUUUUGAUAUUUUUAAUGAUGUGAGUGGGGAAGACCCUGUGGACUCAGACUGGCUGACUCCAGAGCUGGUGAAGAAGCUUUUAACAGACAAAUUUCCUAGCCCAGCUGCAACAAUCUGUGCAGGAGUGGCAAUGCUGAGUAGAUGGAGCUCCUUUGUUGUGGGAACAGCUUGUGUGCCUGAAGGUCAGGGCAAGAUCAAUCCUCACCUGAGGAAAAUCAAGCUGGCUCCUGCAUGUUAUUCCCCAGCAGCACGCGGCCAUGCAGAGAAGAAACAACAUUGCAACAGGAUCAUCCUUGGUGGAAAUCAAAGGCUGUUCAUGGACGAAGGAGACCUCAGCUCGGACCUUUGGGAAAGUGCUCCUCCCUCUCACAGGGCAGAGCUGCGGUGCAAUGAAGAUUUAUUCUGCACCGCAUUGAUUUUAUUCUGCACACAGCAUCCUCAGCAAAGCGCUGUGACAAUCACUCCACAGCAGCCCCUGGGGACAGGACCAGAGCAGCCAUGUGCCAUUCCCACCUACCCGUCACUGCCGAGAUAUUAAAAAUGGAUGCACACAUUUGGGAGAUGGGGUUGCCUUCAAAAUGCACAGCCCUGCAGCUUUCCCAGCCCAUACAGCUCUGCAGGGCAUUAAGCUGUUCCCCGUCCCACCAAUGCUUCUGUGCAAAGUGCAGCACGCUGGUAAUA